CUGUAAGCUACGCAAAGUGGGCGGGGCGAGCCGAGCGACAGUUACAUUCAUGCAAAUGAGCAACAAAGCAAACCCGUAAGAGUGAGUGACGAUGCUGCGUGUCUGUUUUAUCCUUUAACACCUAGUCACGUGUUUUACACGUCCCUUUAUAGCACAGCAAUCUCACAGGUACAAUCUUUGUUUAUUAAAGAACAGUUUUUAUCCGUUUAUUGUUGCAUUUAACGUCGCUAUAGCAGCUUUUACCUCGCCACAAACUCCUCUGUCCUUAAAGUUACAGCUCUGACACUGACACUGGAGACUCCUUCCAUCAAAUAUGAAAGGAACAUCUCGUCCGUUUGUGUCGGGGGUCCGCUGUAACGAGCUGUUGCUAUGGUAACGACAACGUAUCGGAACGAGCGCGUUCAUAUAAAGGGCUGCUGGUACAGAAAAUGAAGCGACACCUUCUGACCAAUCACGAUCCGGAAUUCAGGGUCUGUCCCCCGUGCGAGACGCAAGCGCCCGAUGCGUUUGUGCUUUUAAGAGAUUCGUUACACAAAACAGCUGUCCUGUUUCCUCUCUCAUGUGAUGCUGGAGGAAUCUCGUAGCUCUGGGGGAAGUAGGAGAGGAGCGGAGAUCAUCGGGGAGGAGGAGUUCGAGUCUUUUAACUCGGACGGAGCGGUGUAUAAACACGUCAGGCGUGUGGGAUUACAGACCCGGUCAGGUACACGCACCGAUAUCCUUAAAGAUGAGCCAGGACUUGGAUUAUAUGUUUUAUAAAUAUGCUCGGGUGUGGAUCCCCGACCCUGAGGAAGUGUGGAGGUCAGCAGAGCUCACUAAAGACUACAAACAGGGGGACACAACACUGCACCUGCAGCUCGAAGAUGGCAAGGAUCUGGAGCACAAGCUGGACCCGAAGACUAAAGCCCUGCCUCACCUGCGGAACCCCGACAUCCUGGUGGGAGAAAAUGACCUGACGGCGCUGAGUUACCUUCACGAACCGGCCGUGUUGCACAACCUGAAAGUGCGCUUCAUCGACUCCAAACUCAUCUACACCUACUGCGGUAUUGUGUUGGUGGCCAUUAAUCCGUAUGAAACGUUGCCCAUCUAUGGCACGGAUAUCAUUAACGCUUACAGCGGCCAGAACAUGGGAGACAUGGACCCGCACAUAUUCGCCGUGGCUGAGGAGGCCUACAAGCAGAUGGCCAGAGACGAGAGGAACCAGUCCAUCAUUGUCAGCGGAGAGUCUGGCGCUGGGAAGACGGUUUCCGCCAAAUACGCCAUGCGAUACUUCGCUACGGUGAGCGGCUCAGCCAGCGAGGCCAACGUCGAGGAGAAAGUACUUGCCUCCAACCCUAUCAUGGAGGCCAUAGGAAACGCCAAAACCACCAGGAACGACAACAGCAGCCGCUUUGGGAAGUACAUCGAGAUCGGCUUCGACAAGCGCUACCACAUCAUCGGCGCCAACAUGAGGACGUACCUGCUGGAGAAGUCGCGAGUCGUGUUUCAGGCGGACGACGAGAGGAAUUAUCACAUCUUCUACCAGCUCUGUGCCUCCUACCACCUUCCUGAGUUCAAGAAUCUGAAACUCAGCGGUGCAAAUGAAUUCCACUACACCAAACAGGGCCGAAACCCUGUCAUUGAUGGAGUGGAGGAUGCGAAGGAGAUGUCAACUACCAGGAACGCCUUCACACUGCUGGGCAUUAACGAGUUGUAUCAGAUGGGGCUGUUCCAGGUCCUAGCAGCCAUCUUGCACCUGGGAAAUGUGGAGGUGAAGGACAGAGACGCAGACAGCAGCAUCAUAGCGCCCAAUAAUGGUCACCUGAGCGUGUUCUGUGAUCUGCUGGGCGUGGCCUAUCAGGACAUGGCUCACUGGCUGUGCCAUAAGAAGCUGAAGACGGCGUCUGAGACGUACAUCAAACCGGUUCCCAGAGUGCAGGCCAUGAACUCCAGAGACGCUCUGGCCAAACACAUCUACGCCAAACUGUUCAACUGGAUCGUGGAGCACGUCAACAAGGCGCUGCACUCGUCCGUCAAACAGCACUCGUUCAUCGGCGUGCUCGACAUCUACGGGUUUGAAACCUUCGAGAUUAACAGUUUUGAACAGUUCUGUAUUAACUAUGCUAAUGAGAAACUCCAGCAGCAGUUUAACAUGCACGUGUUUAAGCUGGAGCAGGAGGAGUACAUGAAGGAGCAGAUCCCCUGGACCCUGAUCGAUUUCUACGAUAAUCAGCCGUGCAUUAAUCUGAUCGAGGCUAAGAUGGGCGUGCUCGACCUGUUAGACGAGGAGUGCAGGAUGCCGAGGGGUUCAGAUGACUCGUGGGCUCAGAAGCUCUAUAACACUCAUCUGAAGACGUGUGCACUUUUCGAGAAGCCGCGCAUGUCCAAUAAAGCCUUCAUCAUAAAGCACUUUGCAGACAAGGUGGAGUAUCAGUGUGAGGGAUUUUUGGAGAAAAACAAGGACACAGUGAAUGAAGAGCAGAUUAAUGUUCUGAAGGCCAGUAAGUUUGACCUGCUGGUGGAGCUCUUCCAGGAUGAGGAUAAAGUUACCAGCCCUACAGGAAGUGGUCCUCCCCCCGGGGGGCGCACUCGCCUGAGCAUCAAACCAGACAAGGGCAAACCGGACCAGGCCAGCAAGGAGCACAAGAAGACCGUGGGCCUGCAGUUCCGUAACUCUCUCCAGCUGCUGAUGGAGACGCUAAACGCCACGACGCCACACUACGUCCGCUGCAUCAAACCCAACGACCACAAAUACGCCUUCACGUUUGACCCGAAGCGGGCGGUGCAGCAGCUGAGGGCGUGUGGAGUCCUCGAGACCAUCCGCAUCUCCGCUGCAGGAUUUCCGUCCAGGUGGACCUAUCAGGAGUUCUUCAGCCGUUAUCGCGUGUUGAUGAAGCAGAAAGAUGUCCAGGCUGAUAGGAAAAUGACCUGCAGGAACGUUCUGGAGAAACUGGUGCAGGAUCAGGAUAAGUACCAGUUUGGGAAGACGAAGAUCUUUUUCCGAGCAGGUCAGGUGGCGUACCUGGAGAAACUCCGGGCCGAUAAACUCCGAGCAGCCUGCAUCCGCAUCCAGAAAACCAUCCGCUGCUGGCUGGAGCGCAAGAAGUACCUGCGCAUGAAACGAGCCGCCAUCGUCAUCCAGAGAUACGUCCGAGGAUACCAGGCCCGAUGCCUGGCGAAGUUUCUGCGCCGCACCCGAGCCGCCAUCGUCAUCCAGAAGUACCAGCGCAUGUACGUACAGAGAACCAGCUACAGGCGCAAACGCAACGCCGCCCUCGCCAUGCAGUGUAUCCUCCGAGCAUACAUGGCCCGACAGCAGUACAAAGCGCUGCUGCGAGAGCACAAAGCCAUCAUCAUCCAGAAGAUGGUGCGCGGCUGGUUGGCGCGUCAGUGGUAUAAGCGCUCUCUGGAGGCGGUGGUCUACCUGCAGUGCUGCGUGCGGCGCAUGAGGGCCAAGCGCGAGCUCAAGAAGCUGAAGAUCGAAGCGCGCUCCGUCGAGCACUACAAAAAACUCAACAUCGGCAUGGAGAACAAGAUCAUGCAGCUUCAGCGCAGAGUCGACGAGCAGAAUAAGGAGAACCGGGUUCUGGGUGAACGUCUGAACAAUUUGGAGAGCGCCCACACCACCGAGAGCGAGCGUCUGCGCCGGGACCUGACUCGUUUACGCGGCGUGGAGGAGGAGGCGAAGAACAGCGCUAACCGAGUGACCACGCUACAGGAGGAGCUGGAGAAACUGCGCAAAGAUCUACAGACCACGCAGAAGGAGAAGAAGGCCAUUGAGGACUGGGCGCAGACCUACCAGGACGAGAUGGAGAAGAUGAUCUCAGAGUUAAAGGAACAGAAUGAUCUGUUGAAGAACGAGAAGGACGACCUGAACCGUCUGAUCCAGGAGCAGAGCCAACAAUGGACAGAGAGGAUGCAGAGGGCUCUGAAGGAGGAGACGGCUCAGCUGGAGAGCGAUUUAAACGAGGAGAGAUCACGAUAUCAGAACCUCCUCACCGAGCACCUGAGACUGGAGGAGAAAUACGACGACCUCAAGGAGGAGAUCUCACUCGGCACGAACGUCCCCAAACCGGGCCACAGGAGAACCGACUCCACACACAGCAGCAACGAGUCCGAAUACACCUACAACUCCGAGUUCGCCGAAUCCGAGGAGGGAGCGCGAGGAGCCGAGGACGUGACCAAAGGAGCAGCGUUGGACAUGGCUCUGUUCCUGAAGCUGCAGAAGCGAGUGACGGAGCUCGAGCAGGAGAAACAGGGCCUGCAGAACGAACUGGACCGAAAAGAGGAGCAGUUUCAGCGGGCUAGAGCCAGGGACGAUGAAGAGCAUAAGAAGGCUCGCGGCGCUGAACUGGAGUAUGAAUCUCUUAAGCGUCAGGAGCUGGAGUCGGAGAAUAAGAAGCUGAGACACAACCUGAACGAGAUGCGUCAGACUCUGGCGGGGAAAGACGGCUCCAUGUCGGCCUACAAGGUCCUGAUGGAGCAGUUAAACUCCUCCAACGAGGAGCUGGAGGUCCGGAAGGAGGAGGUGCUCAUCCUGCGCUCACAACUCGUCAGCCAGAAAGAAGCCAUGCAGCACAAGGAGACCAUGACCGAGCCGCUGCACUAUGUGGAGGAUGUUCACAAACUCACAGAUGCUAAAGAGAUCUCUCAGGCUUACAUGGGCCUCAAGGAUACCAACAGAUCCCCCAGGUUUCAGCGCAAGCCGUUCGCAGUGAGCGAGUUGGUCAGUAGGCUGAGAUCCCCUCUCCCUGACAUGCGUAAGCUGAAUGAGGAUGGAGAGCUGUGGCUGGUGUAUGAGGGCUUGAAGGAGACCAACAGGUUGUUGGAGUCUCAGCUGCAGGCUCAACGGCGCUCCCAUGAGGCCGAGCUGGAAGCGCUGCGUGGUGAACUGCACUGUGUGAAGGAGGAGAACCAGAGACAGCAGCAGCUCCUCACACAGAACCUGCAGCUUCCUCCUGAGGCUCGCAUCGAGGCCAGUCUACAGCACGAGAUCACACGCCUCACCAACGAGAACCUGGACUGUCUACUUGAGAAUCCAAAGAGCUACAGAAUCAACAUGCUGCGCAGGAUAAUUGACCUCAUGGAACAGCUGGAGAAACAGGACAAGACGGUUCGCAAGCUGAAGAAGCAGCUCAAAGUGUUCGCCAAGAAGAUCACCGACCUGGAAGGUGGUCAGGUGGAGAACGUGUCUCCGGGUCAGAUGGCCGACGAGCCGAUCCGUCCGGUCAGCAUUCCACGCCGAGAGAAAGACUUCCAGGGAAUGUUGGAGUACAAGAAGGAGGACGAACUCAAGCUGGUCAAGAACCUCAUCCUGGAAUUAAAGCCUCGCGGCGUGGCAGUGAACAUGCUGCCCGGUUUGCCUGCGUACAUCCUCUUCAUGUGUCUACGACACGCCGACUACGUCAACGACGACCAGAAAGUCCGAGCGCUGCUCACCUCCAUCAUCAACAGCAUCAAGAAGAUCCUCAAAAAGCGAGGUGAUGACUUUGAGACCGUUUCGUUCUGGUUGGCGAACACAUGCCGCUUCCUGCACUGUCUGAAACAGUACAGCGGAGACGAGCAAUUUAUGAAGUAUAACAGUCCGAAGCAGAAUGAUCACUGUCUGUCCAACUUUGAUCUGGCUGAGUAUCGGCAGGUUCUCAGUGAUCUGGCCAUUCAGAUUUACCAACAGCUCAUCAAGUGUAUGGAGAAUAUCCUGCAGCCCAUGAUCGUCUCCGGGAUGCUAGAGCACGAGACCAUCCAGGGUGUGUCAGGCGUGAAGCCCACCGGUCUGCGCAAGAGGACGUCCAGCGUAGCUGAUGAGGGAACGUUCACGCUCGACUCCAUCAUCCGCCAGCUCAACUCCUUCCACGGUAUCAUGUGUCAGCAUGGCAACGACCCCGAGCUCAUUAAGCAGGUCGUUAAGCAGCAGUUCUACAUCAUCGGCGCGGUCACACUCAACAACCUGCUGCUGCGCAAAGAUAUGUGCUCCUGGAGCAAGGGCAUGCAGAUCAGGUACAAUGUGAGCCAGUUGGAGGAGUGGUUGAGGGAGAAGAACCUGAUGGUUUGUGGUGCGAAGGAGACGCUGGAGCCACUGAUUCAGGCAGCGCAGUUACUCCAGGUCAAGAAGAAGACAGAUGAGGACGCUGAGGCCAUCUGCUCCAUGUGUAACUCACUGAGUACUGCUCAGAUUGUCAAGGUGUUGAACCUGUACACUCCUGUCAACGCCUUUGAAGAGAGAGUGUCCGUAACGUUCAUACGAACCAUACAGAAUCGCCUGAGGGAUCGUAAGGAGUCUCCUCAACUCCUCCUCGACACAAAGAUCAUCUACCCCGUGACGUUCCCCUUCAACCCGUCCUCCCUCGCCCUGGACAGCAUCCAGCUCCCGUCCAGCCUCAACCUGGCAUUCCUCACUCGCGUCUAAGACCUGCCGAUCAUUCCUCCUCAGCCAAUCACGUCAGGCACCGCGAUAACAAGGAAAUGACGUACGGACUAAAAGCGUCUACACACAUCCUCAUUGAGAACGAACGAACCAAUCCGGUGGUACAGACUCGGUGUAAUGUCACGCACACCCAAGCGCACACGCACACCAUCAAACACAAAUGGGGAUGU